UGUUUGCUUUAACAAAUCAGCAACAGUUUCAACAUCCAUUGUUGACUAAUUUUUCAUCACCAAAUAUGCAGCUGGGAAUAUUAUUUAUUUCUUUGAUUGGACCAUUCCUUUAUCACUAUGGAUAUAAAGUGUCAGCUGCUGGAAUACUUGAAUCUAUUCAUUCUGACGUUCAUAAAAUUCUGGGAAAAUCUGGAGACAGCAGACCAGUUAAUGAGAAAUAUAAGCCAGCCUUCCUUGCCAACUUGUCUCACACAUUAAGCAACCUUAAAUCUAACCAGAUAGUAAAGUUCGACUCAGUAAUAACAAAUAUCGGUAAACGCUACAGUCCACAAACUGGACAAUUUACAUCCCCAGAAGAUGGGAUAUACAUGUUUUCUUGGACUUGUUUGACUCCCCCUGGAAGCAGAUUUGAAACAAGACUUGCCAUAAAUGACAAUUAUAUAUCCGGUAAUAGAGCAAAUGCUCAAAACAUUAAUCAAUAUGUUCAAGCCACAAAGAAUGUUGUAGUACAAAUGAAAAAAGGAGAUGUAGCUACUGUGAGAGUGCUUUCCUACACUGGUUUAUCAUUAUACGGAGAUGGUAAUUACUUUUCAUCUUUCUCUGGUUUUAUGAUUUAAUAUUACAUAUAAUUAAAUUCAUAAAAAUAAAAUUAAUAAAAAUAA